GUGAAAGCAGCAGAAGGUGGUAAUGAUAAUUGAGAAAGCUUGCUCAUCAGAUCAUGGUUUGGGACACGGGCUUGACCUUGGUUUUUAGCAGGCACAGUAUUGAUGUCAACAAUCUUGAUCGAUGUCUUUUGCAAGUGGUCAUUGUUUUGUAUGGAUAUUGAUGAGUGAAACUGCUGUACUUCACCAAUAUAAAAGUAACGAAUCAAGUUUUAUUGUUAAUAUUGUUCGUGAUCAAGUUAAGCAGUACAUGAUCCACUCUUCAAGUGUUGAAAAGGGCUUCAUAGGAAUGGAUUCCCGCGUUGCUGAUUUGCUGAACAAUUAUAUAAAUCCACAGUCUGGUGGUGUACGUAUUAUAGGGAUCCAUGGUAUGCGAGGAAUAGGCAAGACAACACUAGCUCUAGCUAUUCAUGAUGAAAUUUGUCAGGAUUUUGACCGAAGCUGCUUUCUUUCCAAUGUUAGAGAAAGGUCCAUGAAGGAUGGCUUAGUUUCUCUACAAGAACAACUUCUUUUCAAUAUCCUGGGGGCUAAAAUUGACAUACAGAAUGAAUAUGCAGGAGCUACUAUGAUCAAAAGGCGCUUCUGUAGACUAAAGGUACUUGUUGUUAUUGAUGAUGCGCAUCACCUCAAUCAAUUAGAAAAAGUGGCUGGAAGUCGUGACUGGUUUGGUCCAGGCAGUAGAAUAAUCAUAACCACCACGGAUAGACACAUGUUAAACACACAUGAUGUUGAUGCUACAUACAGGGCUACCGGGUUAAAUUUUGGUGAAGCUCUUGAACUCUUGAAGUUAAAGGCUUUCAAGAAAAGCGUCCCAACAGAAGAUUAUUUGGACCUGUGCAACCUUAUUUUAAGGUAUGCUCAGGGGCUUCCCUUGGCUCUUGUGGUUUUAGGUUCUUAUCUAUCUGGUAGAAGCACCAAGGAAUGGGAAGGUGCAUUAAAGAGGCUAAAGAAUACACCACAUAGCGACAUUAUCGAUGUGCUUCAGAUUAGUUUUGAUGGACUAGAGAAAAAAGACAAAGAGAUAUUCCUACAUAUUGCUUGUUUUUACAAGGGGAAGGAUAGGGAUCGUGUGAAACAAAUACUAGACUAUUGCCAGCUUGACCCUGACAUUGGUUUAAGUGUUCUUGCUGACAGAUCUCUCAUUACUAUCUCCAACAACAAAGUGUCGAUGCAUGAUUUGCUACAAGAACUGGGCUGGGCAAUAGUUCGUGGACAGUCUGAUCGGCCAGGAAAACGUAGUAGAUUAUGGUCUCAUGAAGACAUCCAGAAUGUGUUAAAGGAAAAAAAGGGAACAGAAGCAAUCUAA